CGGCUCUACGAGCUGUGGAUGCUCUACUUCGCCAAGAAAGACUUGAGCUACCUGCAACAGUGGCUGGAGGCGUUUGUCAUGAACUUUGAAAAGAUCAUCGCGGUGCAGUCUUUGGACCCGAGGAGGCCAGAAGAUUCAGUGUCUGAGAUCCCGCUGCUCCCACGCGACGUCCUGCACGUGCUGAGCCAACAGCUGGCGCACUGCGUGGCCCAGAUUGCCCGCGAGGAGGCGGCCGAGGCGGGCCUUGGCCAGGCGCUCCUGCACGUCAAGUUCUUUAUCAUCAUCUGCAGGAAUUUAGAAAAUGUCCAGGCCGACAGGACGCCAGUUUUUAUCCACGAGGUGCUUAGCUUGCUGGUUGCAUGUACAGCCAAGCUAAAGAACACCCCGGAGCAGUGUGCCCCCAGCAGGUCUCAGCUAGAGACCGUAACCGUCUAUGCAUUGCACCUCUACGAAUGCCUCUUCGACCCCUACCAGACGUGGAGGCGGCAGCUGAGCGGGGAAAUCGUCAGCAUGAAAGAGAAGAGCAAAUACAAGUUUGCACCAGCUGCUUUGCCUCUAGAGUUCAGCACUUUCUUCCAAGGGAGCUUCCAGGACGAGGGGCAGCUUCCCGAGGCGCUCCAGCUGCGACUCAUCCACCUCUUGGGAGCCAUUAUCUCUGGAGCCAAGCAAAAUGCCCUGCAGGUGAUCACGCCGGCCUCCGUGGAGGUCCUCAUGCUGGUGCUCAGGCGGUGGUGCUCCCCCCGGAACGGAGACACCAAGGACCCCAAACUACUGCAGCUGACCUUGAAGAGCCUGGUGGGAAUGAUUCACAUCCUGCACGCCAGCAACCCGGGCCAGCGCAAGGUGGAGAUCAGGACCAUCUUGGACAGCUACUUCAAGGUCCUCAACUCCGACCAACCCAUGUCCUCUCUGGAAGGCCCGCAGGCCGCUCGCUGGGAGGAGGGCAUGAUUGCUCUGAGGGUGAACAUGCUGGAUGCAAUUCCGGAAAUGCUGAAUUGUGACGACCGGCCAGUCCUGCAAGCCAUGUUCCUCAGCAACAACUGCUUUGAACACAUCAUCCGGCUGAUCCAGAACAGCAAGCUCUACGUGAGCGGGGCGCGUAAAGCGGACGAGACGGGGAGCGAGCUCGCCGCACGCUUACUGACCGAGAGCGAUGUCCAGAAGGUGUUCGACAGCAGUUCCGACGCUAUCACGGUUCAUGCCAUCAGUGUGCUCACCUCCAUCAUGAGCAAUUCACCGUCGGCCAAGGAGGUGUUCAAAGAAAGGAUCGGCUACUCCCACUUGUACGAAGUUCUCAGAUGCCAGAGCCAACCCACCGCCCGCCUGCUUGAGGAGCUCCUGAACAUGGCAGUAGAAGGCGACCACAGCGCCUUCCCCGUCCGACUCAUCCGCAACGAGCAGCCGCUGCUGAUGCUCAUCGCGUGGCUCCCCGAGCUGAAGUCACGGGACCUGCAGGUGUUCCUCUCCGACUGGCUGAAGAGGGUCUGCGACGCCUCCCUGCCGAGCCGCGUGACCUGCGUCAAGGCGGGGAUGGUCAGCUGCCUCCUGGACGCCCUGGGCGCUGAGCAGGAGCUGGACCGGAAGUGCUCCGAAAACCUCAUCUACCUUCUGCAGGUGCUGGGCGGCCUUUCCAUCCGGCCGGGCGAGCUCCGCCAGCUCAUCGGGCUGCUCUGGGCCGAGCCCGGCAAGGGGCCCCACCCUUACACCACGCUGGUCAUCCGGGCGCUCUCUGGCAUGGCGAGUAAGGACCGGUCCGAGAGGGCGCUGCAGUACUUCGACCUGACGCCAAGUAUGGCGGGAAUUAUGGUGCCGGCCAUCCAGAAAUGGCCUGGGAGUGGCUUUGCCUUCCACGCCUGGGUCUGUCUGAACAAGGAGCCCGAAGACUUGCCGGAUCUGCCCACGAGGCUGAAGCGGAAACAGCUAUACAGCUUUUUCACGGCCAGCGGCACCGGCUUCGAGGCGUUCUUCACGGCCGACGGGAUGCUGGUGGUGGCGGUGUGCACCAAGAAGGAGUAUAUGACGGUGGCGCUCCCGGACUUCACCUUCAACGAUUCUGCAUGGCACUGCAUCGACAUCGUCCACGUCACCGGCCGCCGGCCCUUCGGCCAGAACCUGGUCAACAUCUACACAGACGGGCAGCUGCAGCAGGUGGCUCACCUGCGCUUUCCUUCCCUCAAUGAGUCUUUCACCUCGUGUUGCAUCGGCUCCGCUGGCCACCGGACAACGACCACCUCCACGGUCUACCCCUCGCCUUCCCACUCGCCGGAGCCGGUCUUCCCCUCCCACCCCUCCCUCAGCCGCUCCCAAUCCUUCCCUGCCUCGCUGGCCAUGCACUCCUGGACUCCCGGGGCCGCUCAGCCCCCCAGAGAAGGCCAGGUGUCUACGACAGUGGCAGGGAGUCAGGACACAGAGUGGGGGACCCCUACGUCCCUCGAAGGACACCUGGGGUCGGUGUCCAUCUUCUGCGAAGCCCUCCAGCAGACGCAGGUCAAAGCACUUUUCUCCUCAGGACCAAACGUUACGUCGCCGCUCAAGCCGGAAGGCGACUUCCUGGAGCUCAGCAGCAAGCUGCUCCUCUACUACACACCCCAGGCUUGUAAAAAUAACAUCUGCCUGGACCUGUCUCCAAACCAUUUUUUUGACGGGAGGCUGACCGGACACAAAGUGGUGAACUGGGAUAUCAAGGACGUGGUGAACUGUGUUGGCGGGAUGGGGGUGCUCCUCCCGUUGCUGGACCAAGUGGCGGCCGAGAGAAAAGAAUCGGAGGACAGCCAGGAAACCCACGACCUGGUUGGGCCAGAACUGACCUCCUCGCGGAAUCGCCAGGGAAUGCUCAUCCCCCUGGGCAAGUCCUCCGAGGGCAGACUGGAGAAGAACGGCGUGGCUGCGUUUCUGCUGCUGGUCAAGAACUUUAUCCGGCAUCACCCCGUGAACCAGGAGAGCCUCGUGCAGUGCCACGGGCCGGCGAUCAUUGGAGCUCUGCUGCAGAAGGUCUCCAGCCUCAUGAUGGACAUGAACGUGCUGAUGGCGUCGCAGAUCCUGAUGGAGCAGGUGGCUGCCGAGAGCCACAGCUUCCUGCUGCACCUCCUGUACCAGUACCUGCUCUUCGACUUCCGCAUCUGGAGCAAGAGUGACUUCGCCGUCCGGCUAGGUCACAUUCAGUAUUUAUCGAACACCAUCAAGGACCACAAGCAGAGGAUCCGCAAGAAAUACGGGGUCCAAUACAUCCUGGACUCCAUUCGGACGUAUUACGGCGCUCAUAAGGAGAAGCCGAUUCCCGCGGACGACGUGAAGACGGUGCAGAUGUCCCUGUUCAGCCUGGUGAAGGACUUCCUCUGCAGGAGUUUCUCUGCCGACGAGAUGCAAAGCGCCCUGAACUACCUGGCUGCGGUGCACGAUGAACACCAGGUGUGUGGGGUUCUGGAGGUGAUCCAAAGCUUGCUGAAAGACUCGGCCUCCCAGGACCAGCUCUACGCCUUCCUCUUUGAGUCAGGGAACGUGGAGGUCCUGUUCUCGCUGCUCGUCCAGAGGAAGUUCUCCGACGACGUACGGGAGAGAGUCUUCAAGAUCCUGUACAAGAUGCUGAAAUACGAGAAGGCGCACGAGCGCAGCAAGUACCGCCUGAAACUGAAGGACGUCGGCUACCAAGGGCUCAUAUCGUAUCUGAAUGACACCCCGGUGUCCAUGCUGCUCUUCCGGUGUCUCCUGGAGCAGGUUCUUGGCUCAGACUCUCCCAGCUACAAGGACCUGAUGGCCGUGGUGUACCUGUCCCACCGGGCGGAGCUGGCGGUCAGGCUGGAUACCUGCCGGAAGCUCUUCCACCUGAUCUACUCCCAGCACGACAUGGUGAGGCAGCUGGCGAAGCUGGCCGGCUGGCAGGACACGCUCACCAAGCUCUACGUCAAGGAGUCCUACGAAUCCCGCCAGCACAGCCUGAGCGGCUCCGCCAACGGGGGCUGCCUCGGCUUCCUGAAGCUCUCGGAGCACGCGGGCAGGGAGUCGGGCACUGAGGCUGGAAAGGAGCGGCUGGACAGCGCCAGCCCUGCCCUGGCAGACCUUCAGGACCUGGACGUCUUCCUGCCGAUGGGGUUCGAGGCCUCCGACCACGAGCUUUCCGAGGGCUUCUCGGACCACUCUGUCUCCCCAACCGGCGGUUCCAAGCCCUUCCGCUCCUAUAACUUCAAAUCCUUCGACUCCUCGGACCGCACCAGCCACUCCUCCUCCUCCAACACCAUCGACAUCCCCGGCCAGGGGGAGGCCCCCUCCGCCGACGGCCUCCAGUUCGACAGCAUCUACCACCCGUUCUCGCCCUUCUGCAUGUCGCCCUUCGACCUCGGCCUCGACCUGGCCAGCACCUGCUCCACCGCCACGGUGGAGAGCGGCAACCAGACACCGGGGAGCUUGCCGGGGACCCCCUCCCCUCUGGAGUACUUCAAACCUUUCCCGGGCAUGCGGGCUCGCAAAAGCUCCAGCCUCUCCAACGUCCUGGACGAAAGCAGCUACCAGGAGACGCUGGCCAGCGACGACGUCUCCAAUACCAGUAACCCCCAGCAAACACCGGAGGAGGAGCUGUGCAACCUGCUCACCAACAUCAUCUUCUCGGUGACCUGGCGCGGGGUGGAGGGCUGGGACGACGCGGCCUGGAAGGAGCGCGGGCAGGUCUUCUCCGUCCUCACCAAGCUGGGCACAGCCUGCGAGCUGGUGCGGCCGCCAGACGAGAUCAAGCGCAGCCUCCUGGAGAUGAUGUUGGAAUCGGCCUUCACGGACAUCAAGGAGUCGGCCCCGGCCACUUUGCCCAGCCUCACCCAGAACGUGCUCAAGUUGCUGAGACUUCUCCAGGACUUCUUGUUUUCCGAGGGACAUAACAACCAGGCACUGUGGAGCGAGAAGAUCUACGAGGGGGUGAACAGCCUGCUGGACAAGCUGGGCGUGUGGUACCACUUGGCCAACGGGACCUCGGACCUGAAGGAGAUGGCUCAGAUCGGCCUGCGUGUCCUCGUCGGGUACAGCGGGCUGGAGGAGGCGCAGCUGCACUCGCUGGCCUAUGUCAAGCUCCACGGCCUGCUCCAGACGGCCUCGGCCCCCAAGGAGGAGGAGGCCUGCUACCUGCUGGGCAAGCUGGAGAGCCCCCUGAGCCGCGCGCUGCACCCCAAGUCGGAGGCCUUCUCCUGGCUCCUGCCCAUCAUCCGCACGCUGCUGGACCAGUGCUACGACACGCUGCAGCUGCAGCGCUGGCUGCCCUCGCUGCCCCCCACCAACGGCAGCCCCACCUUCUACGAGGACUUCCAGCUCUUCUGCACCACCCCCGAGUGGAGGGCCUUCAUCGAGAAGCACGUACAGCCCAUGAUGGCGCAGUUUGAAAUCGACACGUUCGCCAAGAGUCACGACCACAUGUCCAAUUUCUGGAACUCCUGCUACGAUGCCUUGAUGAGCAGCUCCCUGCGCAGGGAGCGGGAGAAAGAGGAGAGCAGGAAGAAGUUCCAGGACCUGAUUCUGGAACCAGUGAUGAAGCGCUCCAGGUACGAGCACAUCCGGCACGUGAACGUCCUGAAGCAGAUCAACAACCACCACAGCGGCGUCCUGAAGCAGUGGAAGGCCCUGCGCCGCCUGCUGACCUCACAGCGCUCCGCCUGGGCCGACCGAAACCCCCCAGAGAUUCGCUGGAAGCUGUCGAGUGCCGAGACCUACUCCCGAAUGAGGCUGAAGCUGGUCCCCAACUAUCACUUCGACCGCCAUGUGGAGGCUAGUGCCCUCCGGGACAACCUAGGCGCGGAUCAUUCUCACACCCCUGCGGAGCCUCUGCCGCUGGCCGUGGCCAAGGAGGCGAAGGUGAGCGAGCUGGAGGAUGAUCAGCUGGCGGAGGAAGACCUCGAGUUCUUGGACAAUCAGGCUGAACCCAAAGAGCAGAGCCAGAGGGAGAAGCUGGUGAUCUCCGAGGACUGCGAGCUCAUCACCAUCGUGGCUGUGAUCCAGGGCCGGCUGGAGGUCACCACGCAGCACAUCUACUUUUACGACUGCAGCAGCGAGAAGGAGGAGACGGAGGAAGGGAUCGGUUAUGACUUCAAGCGCCCCCUGUCUCAGCUCCGGGAAGUGCACCUCCGCCGUUACAACCUCCGCCGGUCGGCGCUGGAGUUCUUCUUCAUCGACCAGGCCAACUACUUUGUCAACUUCAGGAAGAAGGUUAGAAAUAAGGUGUAUUCCUGUAUUCUGGGCCUGCGCCCGUCCAACCAGAUCUACUUCGGCAGCCGGUCACCCCAGGAGCUUCUGAAGGCCUCAGGACUGACUCAGAAAUGGGUCUACAGGGAGAUCUCCAACUUCGAGUACCUGAUGCAGCUGAACACGAUCGCCGGGCGCACGUACAACGACCUGUCGCAGUACCCCGUGUUCCCUUGGAUCCUGCAGGACUACGUCUCCGAGACGCUGGACCUGAGCGACCCGGACGUGUUCCGGGAUCUCUCCAAACCCAUCGGGGUGGCCAACGAGAGACACGCCAAGGACGUGAAGGAGAAGUACGAGAGUUUUGAGGACCCCACGGGCAUGAUCGACAAGUUUCACUACGGCACACACUACUCCAACGCGGCGGGCGUCAUGCACUACAUGAUCCGGACCGAGCCCUUCACCACCCUUCACAUCCAGUUGCAGAGCGGCCGGUUUGACUGCUCGGACCGCCAGUUUCACUCGGUGCCCGCGGCCUGGCAGGCGCGCAUGGAGAACCCGGUGGACGUGAAGGAGCUGAUCCCGGAGUUCUUCUAUUUCACAGACUUCCUGGAGAACCAGAACGGGUUCGACCUGGGCUGCCUGCAGAUGUCGAACGACCAGGUGAAUGACGUCGUCCUCCCGAAGUGGGCCAGAUCCCCGGAGGAUUUCGUCCACAAGCACCGGAAAGCGCUGGAGUCGGAGCACGUGUCUGCCCACCUCCACGAGUGGAUCGACCUGAUCUUCGGGUACAAGCAGAGGGGCCCGGCCGCCGUGGAGGCGCUCAACGUCUUCUAUUACUGCACGUACGAGGGGGCCGUGGACCUGGACGCCAUUGCUGACGAGACGCAGAGGAAGGCUUUGGAAGGCAUCAUCAGCAACUUCGGGCAGACCCCCUGCCAGCUGCUCAAGGAACCUCACCCAGUGCGCCUCUCGGCCGAAAACGCCGCCAGGAGGCUGGCCCGGCUCGACACGUACUCCCCCAACGUCUUCGAGAACCUCGACCAGCUCAAGUCCUUCUUCGUCGAGGGGAUCAGCGACGGGGUCCCGCUGGUGCAGGCUGUGGUCCCCAAGAACCAGGCCCAUUCCUUCAUCACGCAGGGCUCCCCGGACGUGCUGGUCACGGUGAGCGCCAACGGCCUGCUGGGAACGCACGGCUGGCUGCCCUACGACAAAAACAUCUCCAACUACUUCAGCUUCACCAAAGACCCCACCGUCUCCAAUGCAAAAGCCCAGCGCUUCCUCUCCGGCCCCUUCGCCCCGGGGGUGGAGGUGUCCUCAAAGACACUGACAGUCUCUCCCGACGGGAAGCUCCUCUUCAGCGGGGGGCACUGGGAUAACAGCCUGCGUGUCACGUCGCUGAGCAAAGGGAAGGUCAUCGGGCACAUCACCAGGCACAUAGAUGUGGUCACCUGCCUGGCGCUCGAUCUGUGCGGAAUCUACCUCAUUUCGGGCUCCCGGGAUACCACUUGCAUGGUCUGGCAGGUCCUGCAGCAGGGUGGGUUUUCCAGUGGCCUGGCUCCCAAACCUGUCCAAGUCCUGUACGGUCACGACGCCGAGGUGACGUGCGUCGCCAUCAGCACCGAGCUGGACAUGGCCGUGUCGGGGUCGAAGGACGGCACCAUCAUCGUCCACACCAUCCGCCGGGGCCAGUUCAUGAAGUCCAUCAAGCCCCCCUGUGAGAGCUCGCUGCCCGCCACUGUCUCGAACCUCGCCGUGGGCCUGGAGGGUCAGAUCAUCGUCCAGACCACCGUGGCGGGGAGAUCCUCCCUGAAGGAUAAAUUUGCCCUGCACCUUUAUUCCGUCAACGGCAAGCAUCUCUCCUCCGUCCCGCUGGAGGAGCAGGUCACAGCCCUGUGUGUCUCCGAGGAGUUCGUGGUUCUGGGGACCAUGCAGUGUUCUCUCCAGAUCUUGGAUCUUCAGAGCCUCCAAGCAGCGGUGUUGCCAAUGCCCAUGAAGGUCCCGGUUCACAGCGUGUCCGUGACCAAGGAGAAGAGCCACAUCCUGGUGGGGCUGGAGGAUGGGAAGCUGAUUGUGGUGGGAGCAGGCCAGCCCUCGGAGGUGCGGACGGGGCAGUUCCACAGACGGCUGUGGCGUUCCACGCGCCGGAUCUCCCAGGUCUCCUCCGGAGAGACUGAGUACAACCCGCCCGAGUCCAAGGGACAGGCUUGAUGUGAGGUGACCUGUCCCCAGAGCAUUACUGGGCAGAGGAGG